GUAUUUCUUGGCUGGAAGGGACAUGGCCUGGUGGCCGAUUGGCUCAUCUCUUUUUGCCAGCUCAGAGGGCUCGGGUCUAUUUAUCGGCCUGGCUGGGACUGGUGCCGCAGGGGGCAUCGCUGUCGCCGGAUUUGAAUGGAACGCAACGUAUGUGCUGCUGGCGCUCGCAUGGAUAUUUGUGCCUGUGUACAUCUCCUCCGGGAUUGUGACAAUGCCAGAGUAUCUGGGGCGCCGUUUUGGAGGAGAGAGGAUCCGAACUUACCUGGCUGUCCUCUCACUCCUGCUGUCUGUCUUCACAAAGAUAUCGACUGACUUGUACUCUGGAGCCCUGUUUGUCCAGGUGUGCCUGGGAUGGAACCUCUACCUCUCCACUGUCCUCAUGCUGGUGGUCACUGCUCUCUACACCAUUGCAGGUGGACUGGCUGCUGUCAUCUACACAGACACUUUACAGACAUUUAUCAUGAUUAUCGGUGCAAUCAUUCUAACAAUUACUGCUUUCAACAAGAUAGGAGGGUACAGCAACCUGGAGCAGGUUUACAGCAUUGCCGUGCCGAGUAAAAUUAUCCCCAACAGUACCUGCCACCUGCCACGGGCCGACGCCAUGCACCUGUUCAGAGACGCCGUCACCGGAGACCUGCCGUGGCCUGGCAUGACUCUGGGGCUCACCAUACUGGCCACCUGGUAUUGGUGCACCGACCAGGUUAUUGUACAACGGUCCCUGUCAGCGAAGAACAUGAGUCAUGUCAAAGGAGCAUCAAUCUUUGCCGCUUAUCUGAAGCUGCUGCCUUUCAUCUUCAUUAUCCUGCCGGGCAUGAUCAGCCGAGCUCUCUAUCCAGAUUCUGUGGGAUGUGUGGAUCCAGAGGAGUGUGUGCGUGUGUGUGGAGCUGAAGUGGGAUGUUCCAACAUUGCCUUUCCCAAACUGGUCAUUGAGCUCAUGCCAAGUGGCUUGAGGGGACUUAUGAUAGCUGUGAUGAUGGCAGCUCUGAUGUCGUCACUGACCUCCAUCUUCAACAGCAGCUCCACGCUCUUUACCAUGGACAUCUGGAAAAAACACCGCCCACGAGCGUCUGAGAGGGAGCUGCUGCUGGUCGGCAGGAUUGUGACUGUGAUCCUGGUGGUGGUGAGUGUGGUGUGGAUCCCCAUCCUUCAAUCAGCCAAUAGCGGCCAGCUCUACGUCUAUAUCCAAUCAGUGACGAGUUACCUGGCCCCGCCAGUCACAGCUGUCUUCACGCUGGCAAUCUUUUGGAAGAGGACCAAUGAGCAAGGUGCAUUCUGGGGCCUGAUGGUGGGUUUGGUGGUAGGUGUGUGCAGGAUGGUGUUGGAGUUUGCUUUCCCUCCCCCCAGAUGUGGCAUUGUGGAUUCAGCUCCCAUGGUGCUACGUAGCGUUCAUUACCUCCACUUCGCCAUUCUGCUCUGUGGACUCACUGCAAUCGUGGUAGCUGUGGUUUCACUUCUCACAACCCCGCCCAGCCAUGAACAGGUGUGUAACCUGACCUGGUGGACAAUAACUGAGGAGCCAGAAAGAGAAAUUCCUCUCCCAAAAGUGUCCUCUGUCAGCCACCGUAACUCACAUGGACCUGAGCAGACUCGUCGGGUGAUGUGCGGACAGGGGGCAGGAUUAUGCAUCUCAGCGAUGCGGCGCUCAGAGCAGACUGUCAGGGUUCCUACCAUUAGAGAGAGUGUGUUCUGGUACAGGUUCUGUGGUGCCAACGCUCUCCUGUUGAUCAGCAUUAAUAUUUUCCUGUAUGCAUACUUUGCCUGAGUGGGGGGAUACCUCACCAUGCCUCCUGCAGAACUCUUUUCAACCUGAAGACUGCAAACUGAAGAAAGUUGGAUGAGGUUAUUCACAAGAUUUUUUUUUGUUUAGGUUUCACCUGUUAUUUGCCGAAAAAGGUACACUUCUGUGCAAAUCUUUUAAACCAAUUUAAUUUCUUUACAUUUUGUUUAGAACUGACAGAUUUUCUUAGAACCUUUUUAGAGGUCUUGAUCACUAGUUCCCUUGGAUGUCUAAAGAUUUUUAUUUUUGGAUUUUGGUUCAGUCCUUGUGUUUAACCUUUAAAGCAUAAUAUGCAAACAUAAUAAUAAGAAGACAAGUGAAAGGCAAAAGCAUCAACUGAAAAAUCUGUCUGCAGCAGUUGAACGGUAAUUGAAAGUGAUGUAUUUAACAAACAGAAAAUAAAUCCAGCAAAGUCCUGACACAAGAAGAGAAAUAACUUGAGUUGACUUCAAAAGAUAAGCAGAAAAUCUCUCUCAUUGUAAGCAAGAUAUAAAUAAACAUUGUACAUUUUUGCACAAUAUGAUAGCUUUGGCGUUAAGUUUGUUAUUAGCACAGAUUAGAUAAUUUCUCUGUGAUUUCAUGGUUUAUCUGCAUUCAGAUUUGUUUUAUACUGUUUUGAUUCAAUAAAGUAUCAUUAAUAGUGACAAUUAGCACUUUGAUUUAUAUGAAACAUACGAAGCAAAAAUACCAAAGUGCUUUGCAGACAUGGUGAAAACCUACAGUAAAAAUUAAAGAUUUGAUAAGACGAUCGUAAGACAUUAUAGAGGGUUACAGUUACCAGGUUUUUCUACACAAUCUUGAAAGGUGUGGACUGUGACUGAAAGUCUGGAUAAGUAAGGUUGUUUUUCAAGACUUUUUUUUCCUACACCAUUGUCUCAAAGUUUUAUCCACCUAUUCAUGCAUCUGUUUCCAUUAUCACCGUCUGCAGUUUUUGCAGGGUUAAUCUGUAAAAACCACGCCAAUCUAGAAAUACCAUAGAUUCGUAGGGAACUUCUGCAUUUACGCUGUAAAAAUUUGCUUAAAAAGACAGAAUUUUGACAGAAAAAUACACAGCUAUACUAAUUUUACUAAAAUAAAACAAAAAAGUAGCUUUAAACAUCUCAUCUGAGUACACAGUUUAUAGAUACAGGGAUAAAACCAAGAACAGCCUCUCUUGGUUGAACAUUUGGUUUAAAGAAGCUCAGUCAGAAUAAUGAGUUACAUAGUUUUACAAGCCUUUUACAGAGAAGUGAAAGGGCUUCAGUAUUAGUACUCAAAGACACACAUUACUCCUUGUAAUGAAGGAAGUACAGAGAAAAACCUGCAUUGCAGAGCUGAAGGAACGGCUAAGGUUUUAAUUUAUAGUCCGCUAAUAAAAUACAUGACAGGAAGUCAGAGCUAGCUAUAACAAUGCAGAGAAGUUCACAUUUUCACAUUAUCCAUAUUAUGAGCAUCUUAGUAGACAAUGUAAUUGUCAACUUUACCAUGUCUUAUUGUUCCCGGUUUGUAACACUGAUUCUGUUUAAGGCCCUGUUCACACCAGAUCAAGAUUUGACCACGAAUGUGGUUUUCAUGACACUACUGUGAUGUUAGGCCUAAUUAAUAUCUUCCACAGUCUGUUCAAAGCAAAACCCGUGUUCUUCAUCUGUACCCUCACACUGGGAUCCCCUAGGACACCUGCCGACGUCCACAUGCAGCCCAGAUUUUUGCUUCCAUGCUGCUUAUUCACACCAGCAGGGGUAAUAAUUCAUAGGGUGGCACCGAACACGCCACAGAUAAAGAAAAGGAUAGUCAAAUCCUGAGGAGAAAAAACAACAACAAAGCAUGUUUUUAAGAAACGUUUUGGUUAAAGUCAUGGCAGUGGUGGUCAUAUAGGAGCUGCCAAGAUUGUUACGAUAAAAAGCGCUUCCUGCUGGUGUGGUCAAGUCCUGCUUCAAAUUCUCAGACAAUUAAACCAUGCUGGUGUGAAAGAGCCACAUGUCAUGGUUAAGGUGCCAUUGCAACUACCAGGCUCAUCCAUGGCCCACCUUUUAUGCCUUUCAUGCAGCCACCACAAUCUCACAGAUUUUCUGUGGAUGCUCAGUGCAGUUGGAGAACUCUCAAGCUUCAUUAUUUGUAGGGAGAGCUCACAGAGUUCUUGGUGCACCCCAGAAGACCACUGUAAAGACCAUCCAUGCACCAAAACCCUGCAAAAACCAUGCAUGUUCUGGCAGAUUUUUAAUGUUGUGUAGUGGGUUAGUUUUGUGUGAAUUGGGCCUUAAUAGUAAAAAAUGUUUAUAUGUCAUUUAUCCGUUUUGUAUUGAUUUUAUGAGGGUAUAUUUCAGUUGUGAAUCAGCAGUUAAAUGUAAAGGUUAGAAACAUUUUGCAAGACAUAUUUUAAGGAUACUUAAGUUUUGAUUUGUGUGCCAAAUGUUCCUUAUAUAGUUUCAUUGUAAUACAUCUGUUCUAGCCCUUUUAUGCCAUUUAAUAUGUUUAGAAUUAGAAAUCAGAUUUGCUCAAAUUUACUGGUUCGUAAUCUUUCUUUUGUAAAACCCUCAUGACUUCAGGUGUUUCUUUUUAAUAAUCAUUGGUAAUUUUUACAUAUCCAUAACAAUUUACUAUAGAGGAUAUAUUUAUUAAACAACACCUUUUCAAAUAAAAUCAAAUUAUUGUUUUAAUGUC